UUUUAAUUCAACAUUUUCUUCUUCUUCUCAACAAAAUAAUUUAACAACAACAAAUUCAAUGCCAUAUCAACACCAACAAUAUUACAACAACAAUAUUUCUCCAUCAAAAUCCCCAACUUCUACUUCAACUCCCCCCUCCUCCUCCUCCAACGAAAUAUUUACAAAUUUAUGUCCUUCAACAAUAAUUGAAUGUCAAACAACAAAUCUUUAUGGAAUUGAUUAUCAAAAUACACAACAACAACAAAUAAUCUCUAAUAAUAAUAAUUCCCCCCAAUAUCCUCAACUUUUAUUUACUCAACAACAACAAACUUCAUUUAAUUCUGCUUUUGGACAAUCAAAACAAAAUGAAGUAAUUCCCCACCCCCAACAACAAUUUUGCAAUAAUUUACUUCAAAAUCCGAAUUCUGGACAAAAUAUAGUUUUCCACAACCCUCAAUUGGAUUUAAUUCCUUUAAAAAAAGAAUUUAUUGAAGAAGAAAAUUUAAUUGUUCCUCCUCCCUUUCAAUCCAGCUUCCCUCCUUCAACAAAUAUUUUCUCAACAAAUUCUCCUCCUCUGUCUUCUGAAAAAGAAUUUUCAUCUUCAUCUUCAACUUCUUCCACUUCUCCUGGCUCUUCCUCAUCCUCUUCUUCUGCUUCAUUUUUAACUAAUUUAAAUAACAACUUUGUUAAUAAUUUUGUAAAAUCUAAACGAAAUAACAAACAAAUUCAAAAUUUUUCUUCCACUUCCCCCUUUUCAUCUUCCCCUCCUUCUUCUUCAUCCUCUACCAAUUCUUUAUCUUCAACAUUAGCAGCUGUAUUACCUCCAGAAAUUAGUGCAAAAGUAUUUUGCCCCCCAAGUUCAAUCAAUCCAAAAUCAACACGUCGAAUGCCUCGAAAAAGUCGUCAAGAAUUAAAUCAUAAAAGAGUACAUAAAUGCUGCUUUCCAAGUAAUUUAUAUUUAAAAUUUAAAAUUAAAUUUUAA